CGCUUCGAUCGAAAUGUUGGCAGUUCUGCUUCAUGAAUUCCAUAGCGGGCGUCUGUUAACGGAUUUAAAAAUGUGUAUUUGAUUACUUUUCUGGCAGAUGUUGACGUGAAUUUGAGUAUAUAUUUGUUUUAGUGAAUGUGAUCAAUUCUAGAUAAAUAUUUAUUUCUUUUGCUUAAAUAUUGUUAAAUACACAAGUUCGGCUGGUGAAUUAUAAAAUUUGUGGUAUCUACUUUGCCGGACAAAGAAUUAAAAUGGAAGAAUUGUUAAAAAUAUUUGAGACAAGUGAAGAAAAUCAUAGGGAGUUUGAGGAGCUUAAGGAGAAAUUUAUGGAAGAUUUACGCGGGAAACUUACCGGACAGAAAUCAACAUUACCCGCAUCAUCAUAUUCAGGACAAUUGCCUAGCGUGACACCGCAACAAACAAAGAAACGUGCCAAACGCUUAUCGGAUUUGACUGAGAGUGACAAUGAAACAGUUGUGGCUGAAAUUAUUCCGCCGCGACUGUCUGCGCGUACAAGCAAUUCAAAGCUCUUGGCUACAGCCGUAGCAAUGGAAGCGGAACCGAUUGACAAUGAUUUCGUGCCACAAACUCCAAAUGUAAAUCCUAAACCCGCACCAAGAAGUGAAAAAAUUCAGAGCAAAGAACAAACAGAGGGGCUAUUAAUGCCACCGCCAGCGAUGCCAGCAGCACAGGCACAAGCUGAUACAACACAAAAUAAUAACGGCGAAAUAUCUUUUGCGAGACCACAACGUGCAGCAAAAUUAAAAUCGGAAAAAAAUCUGAAAGAACCACAAAUUAAGGGUAAACUACGUCGCCCCAGCAAUUUUGAUAAUCCUAAAGUGAAGUUGGAGAAGGAACAGAGGCCUUCACAAAUGUAUCAAAAUGAACAGAGUGCAACGCAAACAAACAGAGAUAGUUCUAAGUCUACUGCAAGUGUCGCAUCGGAAAAUUCAGUUAUAGCAUUGCCAACGAAAGCUCCAUCUGUGGUAGAGAUUGAAUCAGAUGAGGAUGCAAUAGAGAAAGAUAAAGAGCGAGAUCGUAAUUCUGCAGAAAUCGGAAAGACGCGAGGUCUUUGCAUUAAGAUUAAACGGGAGAAGAGCAGUACUGGUAGUAUAGACGGCAAAGAAAUAACUGAUACAUCAACACCGCCUACAACAUUGGAAUCAUCUGUUAGUACUCAGCAAACAGUACCCAUUCCAAAGGUUGCUGUAAAAGCGGAAGCCGGUAGUGAUGAUUCGACUAUUGGUUCCACAACAGUUUCAGCUAAUACCACAACCACUGGUAAUACCCGACGCCGUAAGAAAAAAGAUGCUGUACCUAAACCAAUCAAAGUUGAGCGAUUCAGCGAAAUUGACGAAGGUCUGUGCACACGUAAAACGAGAAAACAAACACGCGCUUCUGCUGCCUCUGUCUAUGAGGAUGCAGUUGAUAAUCUCGUGGCAACGGAAGCGGUAAACACACCACCAACACGUGUGUCAAUCGUUCCGCCAGAAAUUGCUGCUGCUGCAGGCAUGGAGGAAACACCCAAUAAUCGAAUCCAACCAGAUAAGACAGUGGUAGCAGGUGCAGUCAUAAACGACGCAACAUUUUGUGCAAACGCCGCUCAAACUACAUUCCAAGUCGAUGCUGGCCAAGCUACUUUUGUCAUGGACAAUAACAAUGCAAAUAUGACUGUUACUCUGGACAAAAAGUCGGGCACAGCGGCAACAACGGUCGGCGAUACGACGUAUAAUGUCAAUGCAACUGGCAAUACGAGAGAUAAUUCGACCGCUUCAUCUCAUCACUCUAUGGAAACUGCAAAAGACACAUCGCAUCCUCAGGCCGAUAGUCUUAUAACGGAAGAUGAGUCUUUUGAAAAACCGAAGGGCAAAUUAGCAACUUUGCCAAAACCAGGACGCGCUUCAGCAAAAUUGGCAACAACAAAAGCUUUUAAAAUGCCCACGCGUACAAAUGAGCUAUUUAAUCCACUGGUACAAAGUCCCGUAAAGAAGAAGGUUGAAGCCUUCGAAAAUGCCGCGAUUGCUGCACAUACUAAAGAAGUAGGCACAGUUGGUCGCCCAAAACGCACUAAAGAGAACAAUGUACCGUUGGGUGUGAACACACCAACAUUUGGCAAAAUUGCCUCAGCACCAGCCCUGGGACGUUUCCUCACUCCAACACAGUCGUCAAAUGUUACUGGCACUCUAGCAAAGAUUAAGAAAGUGCCAAAUAGUGCAUCUAAAGCAAUGGCUCAUCCCAAGGCUAUAGCCAGCGUUAAGGCAAGCGCUAGCUCGACCUCAGCCAAAGCCUUGUCACGCGAAAAUAGCACCGAAGAUUUCCGCAAGGGUUUACAUAAUUUGGCUGAGGAGCGCAAAAAGCAAAGAGAACAGAAACAUCUUAUCGCUGCACAACAACGUGAAGCCAAAGAACGUGAACGUGCUGAACGCGCAGCAAAAUUAGUUAAGGAACGCGAAGAGAAGAGACUUAAAAAACAACAAGAGGCUGAACAAAAGAAGCAAGCACUGGAAGAGAUUCAACGAAAUUUGCGAAAACAAGAGGAGGCCGACAAACUGAAGGCGGCCAAGUUAAAAGCCGAACAGGAACGUGAGUUAUUGCAACAGAUGAAACAACAACAGAAUGCACGCGCGGCUGCAGCGAAAAUGUUGCCACCACCACCAAAAUUACAGUCGAAAUAUACAUUCGAAAUGUUGCAUGAAGAUGAUUCGACUGAUGAAGAGGACAAGACUUCGUAUAAACGACCGCCGCCGCCAACAUGGAGUCGAAGUCAUGUUCGUGGUGCGGCUAUACGUAUGCAACAGUAUUGGCCCACAAAAAUCAUUGACAGUUUCUUCUCAGUGCAACCAAUGUCGCCAGAUUUGCGUUUAAUCUUCCCCAAUAUUAGUUCACAUCAUCUAAAACGAAAUUCCAGCGUUUUAUGGUCUACCCCGCCACGCUACUCUGAGCUGCCAAAAUAUUAAGAUUAUGCUUGAAUAUAAAAUCAUUUAUAAAUAUAAUAUUUAUAAAUAUUCAUUGAUUUUUUUUCUUUAAUAUCACUCAUAACAUAGUGAUUUGUAAGUUUGUUAUUUAGAAACGCAGUUUUAGUUGUAUGUACAAUUGUACAAUCAGCAUAUGCAUAGCUGUUUGAUGGUAUUAUUCAUAUACUUGUUUAUAAUUUGUUGGUAAAUUCGUUUGCACAACCUAACAUACUAUAUAUAUAUAUUCGGUGUGCUUUUUUCGUUUAUACAUAAGGAAUUUGUACGCAUUUCUAUGGGGUAAAUUCUCCCUCACAUUCAUCGAAAACUUAAUCAUACAUAUGUAUUUAGCAUUUUUUAAAUAAAAAAAUAUAUGAUAAUGUA